AUGCUUGCAACGCAAAUGAUUUCAUGUGUAGAAUACGUUCAUAAACAUAAAUACAUUCAUCGCGAUAUUAAACCAGACAAUUUUGCAAUGGGUGUUGGCGAAAACUCUAAUAAAGUCUAUAUCAUUGAUUUUGGACUUUCAAAAAAGUUCGUUGACUCAAAUAAUCGUCAUAUUCGUAAUUGUUCCGGAAAAUCAUUAACUGGUACUGCCAGAUAUGCUUCGAUCAACGCUCUUGAAGGAAAAGAGCAAUCAAGAAGAGAUGACAUGGAAUCUUUAUUUUAUGUCUGGAUUUACCUUCUCCGAGGAAAACUUCCAUGGAUGGGUUUGCCUGCAAAGGGGAAUAAGAAGUAUGAAGCCAUUUUGAUGAAGAAGAAAUCGACAGAACCAGAAGAUUUAUGUUCAGGUCUAAAUAGCUUCUUCAUCAACUAUUACACAUCUGUCCGCUCAUUAAAGUUUGAAGAAGAGCCAAACUACGCGAUGUACAGAAAAAUGAUCUAUGAUGCGAUGAUUUCUGACGAAAUUCCAUUUGAUUAUUGCUAUGAUUGGGUAAAACCAAAUUCAGUCCAACAAAGAAAUGAUAUACAUAAUGCAAUAUCAAAUACAAGGAGGGAUGACGUUCUAAAUCAUAUAAAUUUGAAAAUUUCUCAGCAUCAAAAGGAUCUUUUAAGAAAUGAAAAGGACAAACCUUCUAUUCCAUCAAAGGAUGCAACAAAGAACAGCAAUUCAAUCCCUUCCAAGGAUGUUUUACUUUCAUCUUCUAAUUACACUUCUUCUCAUGAAAAUUCACAGAUAAAAACCACACAAUUUAAGAAGAGACAAAUAAUUCCUCUUCAUCUCGCCAAAAUAUCCGAAAUCAGAACAAAUUCAAACUUAAAUACUUCAAGAACAGUUUCGAAGUAUUCAACUGCAGUCAAAAAGGAAGUGAAGCCUGCAAACAAGCCGAAACAGACGCAGACAAAGGUAAAACAUGAUUCCGAUCAUUCUUCAACAAAAAGAUUUUCGACAAUUAAAACAAACAGAAGACAAAAUGACGGAAUUCAUCAAGUGAAGGAUAGAACAGCUUUAUUCAAUGCUACAACCAACAAAUAUCCUGUAUCUUACCGUACUGGAAUGCUUCCGAAAUGGAUGAUGGCCCAUCUCACAUCCACGCGUUAG